AUGAAACAAGAAAAUCCGAUUAUAACUGAAAAAAAUCAAGAGGAAUUAAAAAGAGAUGCAAAAAUUCGAGAACUUUGGAUGAAAAAUAUUUGUGAUCAUGACAAACAUGCAAAAUUUAAAACUAAAGAAAUUUAUGAUUUUAUUAUUGUGGGUGCCGGUACUGCAGGCUGCGUGCUUGCCAGAGAAUUGAUUCAUGGUAUUCCAAAUAUUAAUAUUCUAGUAUUAGAAGCCGGUGGACCUGAUGCUCAUUCCAAUGGUUUAAUUAAUUUGCCAUGUACUUGGUUUAAGACCUUCCAAGUUGCUGAUAAUGACUGGGGAUAUGUUACUCAGGAACAGAAAGUGCGAAGCCGUGUAAAUCCUACUAAAGAAAUACUGAGAAAGGGACUCUUUUAUCCACGCGGAAAGGGAUACAACGAUUGGGCAGCUCAAGGUCCUGAAUACAAAAUUUGGGAUUGGGAUCAUUGUUUGGAAGCGUUCAAGGCAACGGAAAAUAAUUCACGAGAUAAACCGGAUGAGAAAUUUAAACAAUUACAUGGAUUUAAUGGUUUACUUCAUGUGCAAGACUGUCAUAACGGGCUCUACGAUGUUAUGCCAGGUUUUAUUGAUGCUGCGAAAAGCCUUGGAAUUCCUUAUAAUGAAGAUUUUAACGGUGAAAGACAAAAUGGAGUUGGAACAUAUCAGUUUACAAAUAAAGAGGGAAGAAGGUGUUCUUUGGCUGAAGGCUAUUUAAAAGAUGCGCUAAAAAAAGUCGAAUUACAUUCAGGUUCAGAUCCAUAUGAAUUUGGAAAAAUUGUUGCCGUAGAUAUUAGAUCAUAUGCUCAUGUAUUAGAUAUUAUUUGGGACGAAAAGAAUGAAAAAGAAAAUAUUGCGAUCGGCGCUUUUAUUGCACCAAAAGGUGAAGUCAUUCUUUGUGGUGGAGCUAUUAAUAGUCCUCAGAUAUUGAUGCUUUCUGGUAUUGGACCGAAAGAAAAUCUUGAAGCAAAUAAUAUAAAAGUACGUAAAGAACUGCCAGUUGGAAGAAAUUUGUGGGAUCAUCCUUCCUGCCUAUUUGCUGCAAAAGCAAAUCCAGAUGAAAUUCACCAUUGGAGUAGUGGAUCUGAAAUUGGGAUAAUGCAUAAAGCUAACGUUGAAGGAAAGAUUCCUUGCAAAGAAGACUUUUUUGACGAUAAUCCAGAUAUGCAGAUUAUUGUGACGCCAUACAGAACCGGUUUUAUAAAAGAAUUGUCAAAUCAUAAAAUCAGUGGGACCAUUAUGUUGACAGUUCUUAAUAAUCCAUCAAGUGUUGGUUAUCUAGAACUUAAUAGUAACAAUCCAUUCGAUAAACCAAGACUACAUCUAAACUAUUUCGAAAAAUCAGUUGAUUUAUAUAGAAUGGUCAGCUCACUUAAAUUAUGUCGUGAAAUACUUAAGCAGCCACCAUUGAGUACUGUUUAUAAUGUUAAGGAAGUUGGGAUAAAUGAUGAAUACGGACAAUGGAGUACCAACGGGGAUGAUAUUAGUGAUGAGGAUUGGGAAAAGUUUGUUGUGGAAAGGGCAACUACGACGUUUCAUUCAAGCGGAACAGUAAAAAUGGCACCAGAAUCUAAAGAUGGAGUAGUCAAUCAUCGACUUCAAGUUUAUGAUACUAAAAAUCUUCGAGUUGUUGACGCAUCGAUAUUUCCUUAUAUUCCAAGCGGAAAUACUAAUGCAGCCACUACUAUGGUUGCUUGGAGAGCAAGUCGGUUAAUUAUUGAAGAUUAUAUCAAAAAA